UUCUCUCUCCUAACAUGUUUUAUUAACCUCUUGCAUGCUUACGAAGUUGUGAAUACGCGUAUAUAAAACCCCUAGCUAGAUCAACAUAUUCCAUUCCUCUCUCUCUCUCUCUUCCUCGAUCUCUCUCUCUCUCUCUCUCUCUCUCUAUAUAUAUAUAUAUAUAUAUAUAGUUUUCUCUUGUGGGAUUAAAAGAAAGAAGAGAAUAAUAAAAAUUUCUUUUUAAAAAAACAUGGAUGAUAAAAAAACAUGUAGUAGUAACUCAUCUCAUAAUCAAGAGGUAGAAGUGAGAAAAGGGCCAUGGACAAUGGAAGAAGACUUGAUUCUGAUCAAUUACAUCGCUAAUCACGGUGAAGGAGUAUGGAAUAGCUUGGCUAAGGCUGCUGGUCUGAAACGUACUGGUAAGAGUUGCCGGCUCCGUUGGCUGAACUAUCUCCGGCCGGAUGUUCGGAGAGGAAAUAUUACAAAUGAGGAACAGCUCAUCAUCAUGGAACUCCAUGCUAAAUGGGGAAACAGGUGGUCGAAAAUUGCGAAGCAUUUGCCAGGAAGGACAGACAACGAAAUAAAGAAUUAUUGGAGGACUAGAAUUCAAAAGCAUAUGAAGCAAGCCGAUCAUCAUAAUAAUAAUCAAAAUAACAUUAUUCACCAUCAUGAUCAUCAGAUCAACGUUAAUUACCAGCAGCAGAGCUCUGACCAUCAGAUGAUGAACGAUCAGGGAAGCACUUCAAGUCAAGUAUCGAGCAGUACUGUAGAUGCCAUGGAGACUUACUCUCCUCCAUUAAUGUCAUCAUCAUCAUACCAAGGAAUAAGUUAUAUGGAUCAUCAUCAUCAUCACACCAAUAUUAUCAAUAAUUAUCCUAUGGCUUUACCAAUAUCUCACCAUCCGGUUGUCUCUUCGAAUAUUGAUCAGACCUAUAAUUGGACCAUGGAUGAUUUCUGGUCUAUGCAAUUACUCAAUUCAGAAUAAAUAAGUCUAUACACACACAUAUAUAUAGAUUUAUAUAUGUGCACCAUAUUGAUUUCAGAUAUAUAUUCAUAUCUUCCCGUAAGCUUAUCUUUAUUACUAAUA